AUGCCUAAAUACCCAGCUGCUACAACACCGCCUCCUCGACUGACAUUCCAGCAAAAAAUAAAACGUCAAAUACGACGAGUCUUUUUUGUUGGUUUCGCUAAUUUGAGAAUGUUGUCGAAAUCGGCGUUUGAUCAAAUAAAAAUUAUGUCAAAAUAUGGCAUAGAAAAAGACAAUGUCGUGAAGACACAAAAUUUAGAUGAAAAUCUUAAUGAAAUUAUGAAAUCAUCCUAUGAAAAAGUUUACAAAACCGCAAAAAAAAAAGAGCAAAGAGAAUUGCAAAUUCAAUUUACACCCUCAGAAGAUGCAAGUUACGCUUCUCAUUUGUCACGGGAUAAUAAUGAACAUACAAAAAUGUACCAAGUGGGCAAAUUUGCUAGUAAUGAAAAAGAUCAAACAGUUAAUUUAAUAGAAAUAAGCGCAUUAUAUUGCGCGAUUUUGUUCUAUAUUUUCUUUAUUUUGAGAAUUAAUCUCUGGCAGCAACGUAGAAGAACAGCAGUAUUUGUUGGUGACGAUUCAAUCUAG